AUGUUGACGUCCACCAAUGUGGCACCACGACUAGUAUCUGGUGAUGCUGUGAAGGAAUUGAGACUCUCAACCUAUAACCGUACCCCAGGGACAGUAGUUAACCUCGGAUGUUAUAACAACUACACUCUAGUUGGUACAGAUCAGAUAACAUGUUCACAAGCUGGAGAAUGGAGCUACUAUACCAAACCAUACUGUUCAUCACCACAAGGUAAUCAAUUAUCGGAGCUGCAUAAACUACUGUUGGGGGUGGGAGUCGGUGCCGCCGUGUUGUUUGUGUUUGUAUUAAUUGGUAUUAUAGGGGCUUUAAUCUACAGAUCCAAACAGAGGAGAAAACGUGCUAGAAGAUUUCGACACCCUUCAACCGUUACCCUUGCUUAUUCUGAUUUUGAUGGCUAUCGUCCAUUUGGAAUCAUAUCACCCUUUUCCUACGACGACCGCGAGUUUUUCCCAGACGGAAGUGUCAAGCCGGUAGAGAAGGUAAAGCCGAGUCAACUAGUUCCACGGAGUGCAUUAACAUCCAGUCGUACUAGUCAGAAUACAUCUCGACCUACAAGUCCUAAAGUUACUAUCAAUGGUCCAUUACCAGAGUUUAGAAGUAGAUCGCGAUCUGUUGAUGGGGUGGUGAUGGCAGUGCCAGUCCAGCCCGACCCCAGGGAGCUAGAACGAUUAUAUUCUACAACUUUACCCAAUAAACUAAAAAGACCCAGCUAUUCUGGAGAGUGGAAAGACAGGCAGGAAUAUAAAAGAAUGGAUUAUUUUAACAGACAUGCCCUUGCUGAAGGUCAUGAUCCGUUUCUAUGGCGACCAGGAUCGACCAGGUGGAUAUUCGAGAGAAAGGAAAGAGUGUAA